GUUCUGCAGAAAAUUAUCGGUAUUCCGAUCGAUAAUUCAAUCUCAGACAAACCGAGCAUUGAAUGCGAUUCGGAUAGUAUAUCAAUCAUUUUUUCGACACUGAAGCCUUUUAGCGGUCGAACAUUUGUUAAAGGCUAUAUUCAGGAUAGCAAUUGCAUUCAGGUUGGCAACAAUCACGAACGACAUAAAUUUACGAUAAAAUUCAAUCAGUGCGGGUUACGUCGUUCACGCGAGUAUAAUGGCAUUCGGAUCACAACAACGGUCAUCGUAUCUUUUCAUCCGAUUUUCUUGACCAAAGUAGAUCGAGCAUAUCGUCUCAAUUGCUUUUACAUGGAAUCUUCAAAGACGAUUAGUCAACAACUAGAAAUCAGCAUGAUGACAACGGUGGAGUUACAACGUCAGACGCAAAUGCCAAUUUGCAGGUAUGAAAUCCUUGGCGGAAGUGCAGCAGGAGUGAAGGUACGAUAUGCAAAAGUUGGUGAUAGUGUAUAUCAUAGAUGGACAUGUUUAUCGGAAACAAAAGGUCUGUACUGCAUGAGAGUGCACACCUGUACUGUAAGCGAUGGGCAAGGUGGUGAAGUGGUCGCAGUUCUUGACAAAAAAGGGUGUUCAGUGGAUAAGUAUUUAUUGCUGGAUUUGGAAUAUAUAGAUGAUCUAACAGCUGGACAAGAAUCACAUGUUUUCAAAUUUGCCGAUCGUCCAGCACUUUAUUUCAAUUGUCAACUAGAACUGACCAUUAAAGAUCACCAGUUUAGCUGCGCAAAUGAACGACCAGUUUGCAAAGGUCAAAUUCGAGUAGAACCAUCGGAACAAACUUACGAACGACCUGCUGCUGCUGCUGCUGCUGCUGCGGAGGAAGAAACGCAAACAUUUGUCUAUCAAGAGAAUAACAAGCAGCAAAGUUAUCCAAAUCCACCCGACGCAGAUUACAAAAGUAAUGAGUCACCGUAUCAAAGUAAUGAAGUGAUUUAUCCGUUACCACCUAGUCCACCGGCUCCUCCAACUCGAUCAUCUGAUUCAUCUCGUUUUCAAUCUUCUCUAAAAUCAGUCUACUCUGUUGAUAGUAACGAAGAUAUCUCUACUGCAUCACAUACAGAAGAAUACGGUCAAUUGGCAGGACCAGAAAUGACAGCGUUUUCCGAGGAAGGAAUCGCUUAUAAGCGGUUAAUUAGAAAAAAGCGAAAUACAAGUAUUCAGAUUUUGUGUUAUCACAGAUUGAAUAUGUGA